AGUCAAAGUGUGCGGCUCCAAACGAAUUUUGCGCUAAAUCAUCCCAAAGAGGUUAGCGUUGAGGCAGCUGUCGACAGGAUCACAAGCGGCAAGCAUAAGGAAUAUUUCGAGUGUGAAGCGAUUUCUAUUGUGUGCGUGGCAAAGUGUCAAAAUCAAGAAAGAUACAGUUUUAGUGUUCAAUAUAACGAUUCCCCAAAAACAGUAGUCCUCGAAUAUUUGUGUGAGGAUUUCUUUAACUCCACUGAAAAUGAGAGUGUUUCUCCUCAUAUCGCUAUUAGCUGUAGCGCAAAGUGCACGGUUGGACAACAAAUACCUGCCUCCACCGGCAAGUGCAGCCAGCGCGGGUGGUGGUCCGGGUCUGCAAGGUCCAGGCGGUAGUAAUUUCGGACUUGGCGGUUUUUCAGGCGCCGGCGGUCCUAGUCGCCCCAUAGGCGGCGGUGGAGCACCCGGUGGUUUUGGUGGUGGUAGUGCGCCCGGUGGUGGUUUUGGUGGUGGCGGACGUCCUGGUCCGUCCGGGCCUGCGCAACCUUCUGGCCCACCAAUACCAAUAUUGUCGUACGUAAACGAAAAUGAUGGCGAUGGCAAUUAUCGCUUCAGUUACGAAACUGGUAAUGGCAUUAAGGCAGAAGAAGAGGGCACAAUUAAAAAUAAGGGCUCAGAAAAUGAAAUUGCCUCUGUAAUGGGCACGUAUUCGUACACAAAUCCAGAGGGUCAACUUGUCGAAAUUUCGUAUCUUGCUGAUGAGAAUGGCUUCCAGCCAUCUGGAGAUGCUCUCCCAACCCCACCACCGAUUCCAGAAGAGAUUGCUAAGGCUUUGGCGGCACAAGGUAUCUCUGUAACACCUGGUGGUGGCUACACCGGCGGACCUGGUACUGGAGCUGGUGCAUAUGGCGGCGCAGGUGGUGGAGCAGGAGCUGGCGGUUAUGGCGGUGCCGGACGUGGCGGUGCUGGAGGUGGUUAUGGUGGCGGAUCUGGACCCGGCGGUGCGCCAGGUUUCGGUGGCGGCGCUGGUGGACGAGGACCUGGUGGAGCUCCUGGUUUCGGUGGAGGUUCUGGUGCUGGAGGUGGUUCAGGUUUUGGUGGUGGUGCUGGCGGUCGCGGACCAGGAGGUGCGCCAGGUUAUGGCGGUGGACCCGGUGCUGGUGGUGCACCUGGUUUUGGUGGUGGAGCUGGUGGUCGUGGACCAGGAGGCGCACCAGGAUAUGGUGGCGGUCCGGGAGCGGGUGGUGCAGGCGGAGCUCCAGGUUUUGGAGGUGGUGCUGGUGGUGCAGGUGGUCGGGGACCCGGCGCACCAGGAGCAGGCGGAUUCGGUGGCGGAGCAGGUGGUGGUMGUGGUGCUGGAGGAGCUGGUGGUGGAUAUAACUAUAGCCCCGGCGGAUCAGGUGGUCCUGGAGCUGGAGGAGCUCCUGGUUUUGGUGGUGGAGCUGGUGGUCGUGGUCCUGGAGGUCCUGGUGCUGGUGGCGCUCCCGGUUUUGGGGGCGGCGCUGGCGGUGCUGGCGCUGGAGGCUAUGGUGGUGGUUCCGGUGCUGGUGGUGCACCUGGCUUCGGCGGUGGUGCUGGAAGACCUGGAACCGGAGGUGGUGCCCCUGGAUUCGGCGGUGGUGCUGGAGGUCGUGGAACCGGUGGAGCUGGUGGUCAAGGCGGUUAUGGUGGAGGUGCUGGCGCGCCUGGAUAUGGUGGCGGUACUGGUGGUCGUGGGCCAAGUGGUCCUGGCGGAGCACCCGGCUUUGGAGGUGGUGCUGGUGGUCCCGGUACUGGUGGUGCACCUGGCUUCGGCGGUGGUGCUGGAAGACCUGGAACCGGAGGUGGUGCACCUGGAUUCGGCGGUGGUGCUGGAGGUCGUGGAACCGGUGGAGCGGGUGGUCAAGGAGGUUAUGGCGGAGGUGCUGGCGCGCCUGGAUUUGGUGGCGGUGCGGGCGGUCGUGGACCAGGUGGUGCACCCGGCUUUGGAGGUGGUGCUGGUGGUUCCGGUGGACGCGGCGGUGGUGGCCCUGGCGCUGGCGCUGGUGGUUUCGGUGGUGGUCGCGGCGGUGCUGGUGGACCUGGUACACAGUACGUGCCACCAGCUACAGGUGGUGCUCCCGGGGGUGGACCAGGUGCUCCCGGUCGGCAUGGGAGUGGUGAAUUCAAUCCACAAACCGGCUAUAAUUAUUAAAAUGUCGGAGUUGAUAUCAAACCUCGAGACGAUCGCCCUCCACAAUACGCUGACGUUAUUCCAAAAUACGCUGCCCUUUAUACACCUAAAUACUCAUAA